AUGCCUCGGCGAGGGCGGCGAGCGCGAGGACAGUCCGAAGCGUCCAGUCUUCUCCCCGGUUUCAAAAGCAAGAAGAUUGUCGAGGAAUUUGGAACAGCUGCAAGAAAGCCAAAUUCCAUUGUUGAUAUUCACAAUGAACUCGAAUUUUCUCAGUGGUACAACGAAGUGGGAGAUAGCCUGCUCGAAACCAGCUACGAUGAAUACCAGUCCUGUCUCGAUGAGCUUCAAGUAUCAAAGACCCACCUUGAUUCGCUUCUGUCCGACACCACUUCCACCCUCGACCUUUUGACCAGUUUAUCCGAAUCCUUCAAAGCCGUUGAAUUGCAGACAUCUAAUUUCCAGAAACAAUGCGAGGGCCUCCUGUCAGCCCAGAAACGCGAUUCGGAUUUUGCAGAUGCUAUUCAGUACAAUCUGCAGUAUUACGACUUCCUAGACCCUGCCUCGAAGAAACUCAACGCCCCUCGUGCCGGAAAUUCUGUCCGUGACAGGGAGUUCUCGGAUAUGCUACGGCGCCUGGAUGAAUGUCUGGAUUAUAUGGAAACACAUACCGAACAAAAGGAAGCUGAGGUUUAUCGCUCCCGGUACAGACUUCUUUUGACUCGAGCCCUGACACUCAUCCGCGGACAUUUUGUGACAGCGCUGAGAGAUAUUUAUCAUGACGUCUCGAAACGAAUUGCAGACCAACAACUUAAUGACACCACAAUGUCCGCUCUCUUGUAUGCCAAGUUCCGAGUCGGGGCCCCCGAGUUGAAACAAAUUGGCCUCGAGAUUCAAAAACGGGCAGUGCCCCCAUUGGAUCCUGAACAAGGGAAUGAAGCAGAAUACCAGAGCCUUCUUAACGAACUACAUACGAAUUUUGCUGCUGUUCGAGGGAAACUGAUUGUCCCUUUGGUUCAUAAGAAGCUCAAUGAGAUCGCUCUUGCGCCGAGCUCGUCCAAAGAUCUAGUCACUUUUGCUCGUGCCAGCAUUAGCUACGUCCGCGGAAUUUGUCUGGAUGAGUUCGAUCUUUGGGGUGAAUGGUUUCAUGGCCAGGGAGGUUUGUAUGACUUCCUAGAGACGAUCUGCGAGCCUUUAUACGACCAUCUUCGACCUAGAAUAAUCCACGAAGACAAAAUUGUCAGGCUUUGUCAACUGUGUACCCUCCUGCAAACCCGCUAUCUACUCGACCCAGAUGAGGAGUUGGAGAAUAUAGAUAUGACCCAACUUGACUUUCCCGUUCUGAUUCAACCUGCUCUGGAAGAUGCCCAAACCCGGCUGGUCUUCCGCGCACAAGCAUUCCUGCGUGAUGAAAUCGAGCGUUACAAACCUCGGCCUGAAGAUCUUGACUAUCCAGUACGCGUCAGAGGGGCUUCUGUGUCAGCAACGGAUGGCCAGAUCUCUGGCAAGAAAGUCUUAUCUGCUGACAUGUUGGUGGGUCUGCCUCAAUCUACCAAGACAGAAGAUAAUACAGAUUCGGCAUUUGAACAAGAUGCCAAGUGGGACUUAGAAAUGCAAGCUGGUUGCUAUCCAACCUUACGGAAGGCCAUUUGGCUACUCAGCAGAAUAUAUCGACUUGUGAAUUCUACUGUAUUUGAUGACCUGGCUCACCAAAUCGUACACCAAACGAACCUAUCUCUUCACCAAGCGAGCAUUCUAAUUACCAACAAAACAACUCCUUUUGACGGACAGCUAUUUCUACUGAGCCAUUUACUUCUCUUGAAACAACAGAUCGUUGCCUUUGACAUAGAAUACGUGACACCAGAGGUAUCCUUUGACUUUUCAGGAAUUACAAACACCUUCUGGGAACUUCGGGAAAGAGGUGGUCUGUUUAAUCCACGCAACCUUAUGCGUCUGGUUGGUCACGGUUUACUCCCGCGAGUGGUGGAGAACAUGCUGGACGCCAAGGCAGAGCUUGACGGGAGGCUGAGAACUGUGAUCAAUGAUUUCAUCAAUGGAUUUGCGACCAAAAUGACGGCAUCUCUACCGUCAAGAUUUGUUGACAAACGAAACUUACAGCGUGGGGAAGUGAUGGUCCCUACCUGUCGAAACAUUGAGAAGGAGGUCCCGAACCUACGACGCGUCCUGGAUGACUACCUAGAUGAUCCUCGGAUGAAGGAGACCCUGGUCGGAGCCGUGCAGGAUCGGGUCAUCCAGAUCUACGAAGAUUUCUUCGAGGUAUACCGGUCCGCAGAGAAAACGAAGGGGAACCCCGUGAGCAAGAAGGGCAAGGGCCGUGAAGACACGGUCUGGGAUGUCGACACUUUUGCCGAAUGGUGCGAUGAAAUCUUCAUGGUUGGGUCGACGGCCGUGGAAGCCUCGGACGACGAUCAUAGCAGAAGCGGGAGUGUUAGCCACAGUUUUGUUUCAUGAUAUGUUAUGAUUUUUAUGAUACCAAAGCUAUUUCUUGAAUGUGGAUACAAUUCCCUGAGACCUGAUAAUAGUAUCGACUGACGUGGCACGACGGGACGACCCGG